UUGAAAGAAGAGUAGAAGAUGUCACGGUGGCUGCUAGUAAACCACUACUAAUAAUAACAUGGUGAAUAGCUUAUUCACCUGAUGAUCUUUUGAGAAUUUAUACAAAAAAAUAUGCCAGAUUAGGAAUUUUCUUUAAUUAAAUUAUAACUUCAAUCAUAACAUUACUUUGUCUUCGUUGGAUAGAAAAAAACCUACAAACUUCAAUGUCUGUUUUUAGAGACGAAGUAGCAAUGUCAAUAUCAUUUUUUAAUAUGUAUAUUAUUAUUUCUAAUAUUACGGUCACCCUGCACAGUACACCCUGAAUGAGAAUAAGUCACUUAUUUGUGUAAGUGGGGAACAAUUUUCGGUUUUUGAAGCAGUUGUUGUGGGAUUUAACAAAUGAAUUAGGCUAUUGACUAUUGAGUCUGAGAUUUUAAAAGCCCUGAUUCUGAUUAAUUUUUUAUUACUAUCUGAUCAUACUCAUAAUUCAUAAUCAUACACCACAGACUACAGUAUUAUAAUUAUUAAAUAAUACUCAUUGGCUGGCAAAGCCAAGGCCUAGCCUAUAAACUAAUAGUAGUAGUAGCCUACUACUCUUAAUUAUAAUAGUCUAGUGUCUCUGGUUUUUCAUUUUCCUUUUACUUCUGCAGUUAAAAUAGUUCACAUAAUUUUAAUAAUUGUAAAGCGCUUAGAGCUGUAAGGUAAGCGCUAUACAAAAAUGCCUAAAAAAUAAUAACUAUAACAAUAAUUAAUAAUAAUAACUUAAGUUUGCAGUGUGUAAGUGUAAUGUGUUAAAUUUCAAAUAUGCUGUCUUAGAGUUUCUUUAGAGGGUUAGUCAUGAACUAUGCAAAAUAUUAUAUUUUAAAGAGUUAGCCCUUAUUACUAUUACAACCAAAUUUAAAUAAUCAAACUAUUAAAUCUAAUCUAAUUAUUUAUUUAUUUUUAGGCAUAGUACUGUAUUAGUACUUCAUAGACAUCCAAUUGUAGGCCCAAUAACUAUAAAUAUGAUCAUAAUAAAUAAUUAAUUUUAGAAUUGUGACUAGAGGCCAACCGAAUUUUGUUUUUCAGCGCUCAAAAUUGCUAUAUGAUAGUUUUUUGGCGUAAUUUGGGUUAAACAUCUUUCAGUCUUGGCCAAAAGUCUCAUUAAGCUUUUGGUUUCAUUUUCAUAAAAGUCAUGUAAAACUUUAAUUUUUGGUUUCGGCCGAAACUAGAAGAUAACAUAUGGUCUUUAGUUGUGGAAGUUAUCUAGCUAUUUGCCAAUAGUGUUGUAAUUAGCCUGGGAUUUCUCAUUAUAUAUAAACAAUAUCCUAGGAAAUCCUCUCAUUCCAGAAAAUCCUGGUAUUGUAUAUUUUUACUCUGAUACUAACUAUAAAAUUAUUUUUAGUCUAUAUUUAGAUAAGAUGAAAAAUUAAAAUAGCUCUAACUUGUACUUUUAUCUGACUACAUUAGGGGCAAUAGUAGACAUCACAGUUUUUAGAGAUAUGGCUCAAGGUAGUUAUGGUAAUGGCAGCAUGGAGAUAGACGGCAGAAAAAGUGAAUGGGUUCGUUUGAACGUUGGUGGUACAACAUUUCUUACUACAAGAACAACAUUGGGUCGUGAUCAGAAAUCAUUUCUGUAUAGACUUGUACAAGAAGCAUCUGAUUUGAAUACAGACAAGGUGAAAUAUUUCUUUUAGAUUCUCAAACAAUACAUUUUUAAGAGUUUUUAUUUUUUUUAAAGAAGAAAAAUAAAUUUUGUAAAUCCUUCCAAAAUUUUAGUUAACACUUUAAAUGCACACUGCUGAUGAACAUUACUUUUUAUACUUUUAUUAAAUUUGAAUUGAAGAAUUGUCAUAACUCUCAAUAUUCUAAUUGUAUUUAAUAAAUUUAAAAAAUAUAAUUAUUUAAAACAUUAUUUCUAAACUUGGAAAAAAGAAUCAUGAGUUAAAUACCUCCGACCCCUUUGACUGGCAAAGCAUCAAAGAUUACCUUUCCCCAUUCACAGUUUGCAAGAUUUAUCUUUUAAUUUCUGUUUUUAAAAAUUAAAUUAAAUAACUACCUUUAGUAUGUCGAAACUUUCCCCAUUCUCAUUUCUUACUUUUCUCAGCAUCCCCACUUAAGGCAUCCUGCAUGACUUUUUAAGUUAUAAUAAAUUUUUUUUUAAAUGGUCUUAGCAUAAUAUUUGUUUUUGCAUUUGAAAAUCAUUAUUCUUUUGAAGGAUACAGACGGAGCUUUUCUUAUUGACAGAGAUCCAUCUUACUUUGGACCUGUGUUAAACUUUCUGCGACAUGGUAAACUUGUGAUGAACAAAGAUCUAGCAGAAGAAGGUAAAAAAUACAAGAAUGAUAAGAUUCGGCAUUAAAAAUAUCUUUUCCAUAGCUAUUUGCCUUCCAUAGUUUUUAUAAAAUGUGUCUUUUUAACUUUGUUGGUAACAAUGAGCAUGUAUAAAUGUUUGUUGGAUAAAUGUACUAUUCAAAUAGCUUAUAAAAUCAUGAAAAUUGGGUCACAUCCUAGUUAAAUUAGAGAGAUGAUAUUAAUAUUUGGUUCAUAUCUUAUACUCAAAAUGCCUUCAAUAACAGUAAUCUUUCAUUAACAUUGGAUCUCUGAUUUACAUAUUCGAAAAAAAGUAAUACAAAAAAAUAGUAGUUAUUUGUUCAAUUAGGGAUUAUUUCCUUAAGCUAAAUGAUAAUUUAUACUUGAAUAUAUUUAUUUUAUAUUGCAAUUCUUUUACUUAUUUCUAGGUGUUUUGGAAGAGGCUGAGUUUUACAAUAUCACAGAUUUGAUUAAGGUUGUGAAAGAAAGAAUAGUAGAAAGAGAUGCUAAGCAGAAUCAGGUAUUUUAAAGUUCAUUAGGUACUGUUGAAAUGCAAUAUAAAUUUCUAAGGUAAUAUUUUAUAUUAAAAGAGGAAAAGAAGUUUUAGAAAAAUUGUUAGCUUAACCAAUUCCUUCCUAACAUAGUACAUAGCGACCUUCAAACCAUUUAACCUCCAAAUGGCCAAUUCAAUUCCACACCGACCUAAAACCUAUGCUGCUUUAUUACCAUAUUUCUUAACCCAUUUUUGCUUGAUGCCCAGUUAACAUUUUAUUUACCUCCAUGGUGCCCUUCCCUGUUGUUAUUGCCAGUAUUUUAAAAUGUUCUUAUUUAGUUACAUAAAAUCCUUUUUUCAAAGUUUCCAUGGCCCCCCAAGAAAUUAUGAUAUGGUUCCCUCAGAAGCCACAUUGAGAAACACUGCUUUAAUGUGCAGUUUAUUAUCCAUACUACAUGUUUUAUAAGGAUCAGCUGAUUGAUAGAAGAAGAAAAAAAAAAAACGAUGGCUGGAAUUUUGUUUUGGUUAAAAGAGGUUUCUUCAAAAUUAGGUUGACUGGUGCUUAGAAUGAAAUCAGAGGUCACCUUGUCAAUGCAGCUGUGCAGCGGUCUAAACUGUCUCAAACCAAAUAGCUGGUGGUCUGGAGUUCAAUCCCCACCAAAGCCAACAUCCCAACCACCCCGGGUGGAUGGGACUCGUUAGCCUUGGAUGGCAACCCAUCUAAGAGAAGGCAAACUCUCAAUUUAAACCAGGAGCCAGAAUGAUCAACAAAUUGAUCGUGGGCCCCUCAAAUAUAAGAAGAAGAAGACAGAGGCUGUUCGAAUAUCUGACAUUGUGUAUAAUCUGCAUUUGGAAAAAUGACCCACUACUGUACAGUUUAAAGAAAGCUGUGCAUCUAAGCAACUUUGCACAUGUUACCAGUUUCAAAAUAAAAGGGCAAAAAGAACACAUUAAAUAUGUAAUAUGUAUGAUACUUCUAUGAAGACCAAAAAAAUCACAAUGGGAUUUGGUUUAAGUAAGCUAUAGCAUUUCAAUUAAAUAAUGCGUUUGAUGAUAUAAUGAUUUAAUUAAUUGUAAAUGCCAUUUCUUGUAGACUUUCAUGAAGAAUGUCUACAGAGUGAUGCAAUGCUCUGGUCAGGAACUUACGCAAAUGGUAUCUACUAUACCUGAUGGAUGGAAAUUUGAACAGGUAUUUUCUUCUUUAGUCAUAAAAGUUUGCAAAUUAAAAAAAAUAUAUCAAAAUGUGUCAUAAAUGCAUUGGACUGAAUAAUUAUUAUUUUUUAUUAUGUUAAUCAGUGUACCUUUGUCUUGAUUUAAAAAAUGUGAGUACCGGUAUGUCAUGCAUGGAAGAUAAAUAAAAAUAAAAUUAUUUUACUAACUUUGCUAAGAUAAAGAAAUGUAUCAAAAGCUUUUUAUGACUUUAAUAUAAAAGUGUUUUUUGAAGACUUUAUAAGGGUAUAUGAAAAAACACAUUGCACAAUAAUGAAGAACAAUUAACUGUUUUGAGUACAUGGGCCAGCUAAUGCAAAUAACUGCAGACUCUUGACUUACAAAGUCCAGCGUUCCUUUUUUUUUUCUUCUUUUUAUUUUUUCUAUUUGUUUAAUCUAGGAUUGUUUAAAAAUGACUUGUUAUAAUUUUGGACUCAACAGUUACUUAAUAUUGGCUCACACUACAACUAUGGUUCAGAAGAUCAUGCAGAGUUUCUGUUUGUGGUGUCUAAGGAAUGUCCUACAGUCCUCAGUGGUACUGAUGAACCUUCAGAUAGGGCCAAGGUACUUUGUCAAACAUUUGCUACUGCCCCUAUUUUAGACAUAAAUACAAUAAAUGAAAAAUUAUUUCCAAGAAAGCUUCAAAAAGUAUAUUUCAAUACUUUUUUUUUUUUACAGUAUUUAUUUGGUAAUUCUCUUUUUGAUUAGAAGAUCAUUCACUAUUUUUUUAGGAGUUUAGGCUACAUAUAUUUUGGAAACACCAGCUUGGCAAAUCCUCCGGUUUCCGUAUUUUUAGAAUCGUAAAUUAAAAAGCUUUUUUUCUGUAUGCUUGAUUGCUUACUUCCAGUUAUAAUUGUAUUGCUAAAAUACACAACCCAAUUAGUCAAUUAAAAAUAUCUCAUAAAUCGGAUAUCAAACGUAAAAAAUAUAUGUCGUAACCUGGUACCUAAUGAAAGCUUAACCAUUUUAUGAUUUUUUAUAAAAAGUUCAGCGAUGGGUCAUGGAGAAAGAACCAGCUAUUUUAUUUCAAAAACAAGCUACCCCAUUCCUGUAUUUUUAGAAUCAGACAUUUAAAACCCGCCGGUAUGCACUUGUCAUAUUAAUAUUACAAUGAUUAAAUUCUUUACAUUGGCUCAAGUUGACAUCUCAGAAACAAUUACUAACGCAAACUUUAUAUCUUUUCCACACAAAAACUCAGCUUUGAGCUUGUUAACUAAUUAAAAAUGAGCACUUGCUAAACUAAAAAAUCCACAUUGAUAUAAUAAAAGGAUUUGUAAAACCCCUUAUCAUCAUAUCAAAAACGGCGACGCGAUCUUGAAUUUCCUUUCAUUAUAACCAAGAUUAAGGGGAAACAAAAACAAAUAAUUCAAAUCAUUUAGUGUUGAAGUUCUUUUAAUGAAAUAUAAAUUUCUAUUUUUGUGUGAGAUCUAAUAAAAAAUAGUUGCUAUGAAUGCUAUUUUCAGUAAUUUAAUGUAUAUUUUUGUAACUUGGUCUAUAUGAUCUACUUACCAAAGCAAAAAACAGAGAAAAAAAAUCUGAGCAAAUGGAAAUCCGUAUUAUUGUGGUUCAACCUCACCUGAAUUCAUUAUGAUUUUUACUGAUGCUGUGAUACACACUCCUUUUUUUUAUAUAUCUGAGUGCCACCCUGGGUAACAGAAAAGCCUUAGUAAUUGCUAAAAGUGAAGGAGAGAUAUUUGUUAGUUUUUUUACACCGUUAGUUAGCCCCAAAAAGUUAUUUGAUUUUGAUUUUUUUUAUGUUAUCUUAAGGUUUUGCAGCUGAAGGGAACAAGGAUCUGAAAGCUGUCUCAUUGAUAGACUGACUAGCUAUGUAUUUGUGAAUCUUGUCAAGUAAAGGUUAGGACAAGUAAUUAUGUCAUUACCUAGGACACAUCAUUAUCUGUUUGAGCACACAUCUGAUGAGGAUAUUCAAAUCGGUUUUGUUUAUGUUUGCAAAGACUGUCCAACUUCUAUCAUGAUUUUUUGAAAGGAAUAAGUAAUAAUCCUUUUAGAGUAUUUGAAGUUUCGGUAAAGUGAUCAUCAUACGUUCAUUUCAUUUAAUUGUAAAUGAAUUUUAUAAAGAUUUUUACUGACAAAUAAUCUUAAUCUCGUGACAAUAAAGAUUGAUUCAAACUUUUGUAGAUACUUGUAAUUUUAUAGAAGUCAAUCUUCAAUGACUUGUGAGAAUAAAUUGUAUCAAAUGUUUAAUUCUAUCCAGCACUUAUAGUGAUCUCAGAUAUUUAGAUCCUUCUUUAUUUUCUUGAAUGUAUUUCACCAAUGAUGGAGGAUUGAUUCCCUUCUCAUUACUCAGUAGUUUAAAAAAAAAUUCUUAAAACUAUCAAUUGUGGAAAAAAAAGUGGAAUUUAAAAAAAAAUAAUUUUGAUAUUAAGUAAAAUGUGUAUACUGGUAUUAUAUUUUAUUUUUUAAAUUCACUGUUAAAAAUUUAAAUGGAAUCCAAAAUUGAAAGGUAUUAAUCAAAAUGUUGAUGAUGCAUUUCUGUAGUCACUAUGUCCAUAAUUCUAUUUAUAAAUUUUUGUCUUUUCUUUGGGUAUCCAUUGUUUUUGACAAGGUCAAUGUUGCUUAAGAUUCUAUAAAAUGUGACAUGAUGAUUGGUUUAAUAUCAGUUUUUUCUAGUCAAUAAUUUGUUAGGAGAAGAAACGUCACAAAACUUUUAACACGUAGUAUAUGUUAAUUCUUGAAUGACAUUAAAGUACCAGUAAGCAAUUUUUAAAGCAUUUAUUUUGAAGCACUAGUAUUUCUUAAUUAAAAAAAACUACUUAUCCUUUUAUAUUUGUGCUCACAUCUUAACAAAUGGUCACGUCCAAAAGAUAUUUCUCUUUUUUGACAGUAUUUAUUUUGGUUUAUGAUGCAGAUUAUUGCCCUUCUUGUGAAUAAAGAAUUAAUAAAAAGUUUAUAUUUUCUCUGCUUCCUAAACUGUAAUUUGGGAAUUAACUUCUGUAAAAGACAAUAUUUAAUCUCAAAUAAUUUUUUCGGCUAUUAAAAAAUUCUCUUCACAUAAUUAAGCUUUAUAUUUAAAAAACAAGAGAGCAGAUGUUUUCAGAACUUAUUUUAUAGGAAAUUAAACUUUAUUUGGAAAUUACAGAACAUACCAUAUUUAUUGGUGUAUAACACUCACUUUUUCUCCCCGAAAAUAGGGUGCAAAUCAUGUGUGCGUGUUAUAUGCCGAUAUAAUGUUUAGUCUUUUUUCCUGCAAUUUCCUUCUUAAAUUGAUGUGCGUGUUAUAUGCCGGGGCGUGUUAUACGCCAAUAAAUACGGUAUUUGCUGCAUUUUCCUCUACUCUCUCAAUCCUCUCCAUGUAGUUGGCAAAUUUUAUGUUUUGUUCUGUGUAAAAUUUGUUAUUUUAAAUUUAAUAUUCUAUCUAAAAAACAACAAAAAUUGUUCCAAAUUUAUUUACAUUUGUGUAUGUGAAAAAUUUUUUAAAAAAAAUCAAGGUAGAAAUAUGAGAAUCAUCCAAAACUAAGAGAAAAGUCCUUUCAAUUAAGAACUUCCUCUCAGUUCAGACAAUGUGUUACUGUGACCAGGCACAAGAGAAAUAUGCUAUAUGAAAAUCCAAGUCGAUUUUUAAAAAUAAGUUGUUAUCAAUUGUAAAAUUUACAUAAGGGGUCUAAUGCACUUCAUGGUGGCCUAGCAAGAGAGGUUUGCAUAUUAGGAAAUGCCAUAAAAAUAUAUAAACUGAGCAGACGUUCCAGCAGUAUUGAAUAAAAUAAAAGGAAGCCAUGCUCUUAAACUCCCACACUCCCACCACAGUCACAUAGAAUGAGAGGACACCAGCAAGUUUCCUCUGCAAACAUCUAUGGGAGACAAAUACUACCUAAGUACGACAUUGCUUCUUUAAUUAGUAAAAAAAAUAUUCUUUAAUUACUUACCACAAUCUGCCAGAUGACACAAAUACGCUACACCCAGAUAAACUGAAGAAGACCUGCACAUUUUUCUUCAUCUUAGUCUGAUGAAGGGAGCAUAUUCAAAUGGUCAUUGUAUCAGAAUGAUGGGGAUAAUUUUUUUCCAAAUGACUACAUUUAAUAGCUUUUGUGGUUAAUUCAAAGGUCUAUCAAACUUCAAGUUAUUCUGUGACCUUGACCUAUGUUAUUUGGACUAACAUGUUCUAAAACUUGAGUCAGUGCUGUUAUAAAAACUUAAAAAUACAAACAAAUCUCAUAAUUUGAAUUCUCCAAAUUACAGAUGGUGCAUUUUAUUCUGAAAGCUAUAAAAGUAAAAGCCAAAAUUAUUUCAUACUUGAUAUGAAUUUUUUUCCACCAGUGGUUGCGUGCACCCUUUAUUGAAGGGGCCCUAAGUUGUGAUGUGGAUAAAAAUUUAAACUUUCAACUUUGAAUGCCUGAAAAGAAGGGUGGGGCAAGGGUGGUUGUGCAGAAAACUUAAAAGCAGGGCUGCCUCUCAAAGUUGUGAGACAGUUCUGCCUCCCGCUCCUCCUAGACUUCUGACUCAACCUGUCUACAUGUUUUAUCCAUCAUAUAAAUAUUUAAAAAUGGUUUGGCUCGUCCAGUGUUUACCAACAUGAGGGUACUCCCCACAAGGGGGGGGGGGGGAGGAGGAGAUUUAGUCUCUGAGAUUGGAAAUCUAUAUUAGUUUCAAAGGAGAGUGGCAGUGUUAGACAGGACACAUUUUUUAAAACUUCGAAAUUUUUUGCAAUAUGCAUAUAUUUCACUCACAAGUUUUGGCUUAGUUUAUACCUAACAAGCUAUUUCAUUGCUAAUAGAAGGCAUCCCAUUUUAAGCAAACUACUGGAAUACAGUUUCAACUAUUUUUUAUAGUUACUAACUUAACAGGAAAGGAGUAAAUCUGUUUAGUUAAUAGCAUGUGCCAAUAUAUCUUGUUUUCUUGAUAAGAGCACUUCACUUAUUGUCAAUGACUGUUCCACUUAAUUUGAGUUAUUUCAUCAAAAUAUUAUUUUGUACAUUAUUUAUAUGAAUUGCUAUUAUAGGUCAUUCAUUUAUUACUAAUUCUCGUUUAGGAGUGGGGGAAAUUAAAAGACUUUGAGUAUGGGGAGGGGAGAAGAAAAUGCUCACCAUACAUUUCAAUAUGCAUACAGAAAGUCUCAUAAACAGGUGUUAUAUUUUAACCUUUUCUGUCAAAAUUGCAACCAAAAAAUGCUUUUACUGGGUAGUGGCUGGUAAUCAGCCUAAAAAACUGUGUUGUUAACUUACCUAUAAACCAUAUUGAAAGUCCUGCUCUUUUCUAGUUUUUCAUUAAUUUGGUUUAAAGUAAAAUAAGGAUUACUUUUAUCUUGAUAAUUUGUUUAAAAAAAAAUUUCUUAGAUAAUGGUGUAGCCAUUGAUGAUUUAUUAAAACUUAUAUUAGUGCCAUUUUUUUUAAAGAAUUAUUUUAAGGUUAUAGAUCUAUGAUCACUUUUUAAUUUAAAUUUUUAAAUAAAGAAUUGAUGAGAGUUUGAAUGAAUGUCUUAUUUACGGUGACCAGAUUUUUAUGGGGGUAACCCGGACGACCCCCCCCCCUUGGUGAAAAUUGACUGAAAGACAGGCUUUCCUGGAGGACAAAGAAUAACUUCAUUCAUGUACAUUAAAUAGUAUACUGUAGGUUAUGGACAUUGUAUUAAUCAGAAUUCGAGGGUGAAAAAUUUGUGAACAAUAACGUAGAAAAAUACCAGAAGUGUUUUGUGAGGAAUUUAUUAAUACAGUUUGAAUCUAAGAUUGAACAUAUCACUUUUUCAAUGUUCAUAAAAGGUAAAACAGCUUACUAGUGAGGAACUAACUAUUGACAGAACCGACGUAUGUCAGACAUAUGAAGGAUCAAUAAAUGAAUUGUAAUUAAUUUCAUAAUAUUGACACAUUAAUAUUUCUGAGAUGAGUGUACAGCUCUCUGGACAUCAGGAUUUUUUUAAUAACAUAUAAAACUUGUCACAUUUGACAACCAGAAUAGAUAUAUAUGGACUUUGAGUUUUUAUUUAUCUGGUGUCCACAUGUUUUUAAUUAGAGAAAAAACUGUUUCAGUGGGAGAAUUUGUCCCUGUCCAGGGAGAAGUAUGCAGUUCAUUGGAAAAUGGCACAGGCCGGGACAUUUCCUGAAUUUCGUGGACCCAGGGACGGGUGAUACGAAAAUAGGGACUGCGUUGGGUAAAAUGGGACAUCUGGUCCCCGUAUCUUACUUGACUUUUUAUCAAAACGUAAUGAAAUGUUGAUAGUUAAACAAUAUUUUUAAAGAGGGGAGUUUUUUUUUGUUAAAACUAAUAUCAUAGAUAUGUCAUUAGGGUUUCAUUGUAGCAUCUAGAUGUUUUAGUGAACACAUAUUUUUGCUGACAAUGUUGUUCAUAAUAAAUUGGAACAGGCAUGUAGAUUUUAAGAUGAUGAAAGAAUUCUGAACACAUGUUGAAUGCAAUAUCUGGUAAAAUGAAUCUUAAAUUUAAAUGCUCAAGGUACGGUAAAACUUUGAGAGAAACACAAGUUCUCAUUUCCUUGUCCUUUCUCCAUCUUUCUUUCUAUUGGUGGUCAGCCCAUAUGGGCAUUGUACAGAAAUGUUCACUAUCUCAACUCAAACUUUACUUAAUCUUGUGCUUUUUAAAAUUGUCAGUGCAUACAUUUAAAACAAUUCCAGCUGUUUUAAUUACACUACUGGCCAUAGAUGGUUUAAAUUUUAAAAGUCAUUUUUUUCCUGUAUUUAUAGCCAUUACUAGAAGACUUGUGAUAACUGAAAAUGCCUAUUGGCAUGCUAAAUUUUAGACAUCUUUGCUUAUGGAACAAAGUGGGGUAUCUCUUAUUCACAAACAAAUAAGGAUACAUGCAUGAUAUUAGCAAUUUGCAAUACCACACUAAUAGAUCACAAAGGAUUAAAGUUUUGAAAACUAGAUAUUAAAAGUAUCAUUCUAAUUCUACUCUUUCAAGCUAAUCUUUUUGAAACAACACAGAAAGAAAAAAAAAGUUUUUUUGUCUGCAGUGCAUUUAUUCUGUCAUGUUUUGUUUUUUAUUUUUUUGUGUAUUGUCAGAAAUGGUGGAGUACAAUUUAGGAAUAUUUGUAUGCAAUGCAAUCAUAUAGUUAACACCGUUGUGUUAUGCAAAUGAAUACUUUGAUUGAUGUUAGAUAUUUCUGUAUCCCUAUACAUGCAAAUUAUUCAAGCACUAUACCAUCAAGUUUACAAGCUUUCAUUUGAACAGAUUUUCAAAUAUUUGAGCUCUCCUUUUAGUAGGCUUCCACUGAACAACAAAUCUGAAAUUUUGUACACAUCUUUGACUUUUGGAGCACUUCACUACCACUACAUUUUUCUGUCGGAAUGAGCAGUAUCACUUAGGGGAUGUAGUGUAAAAAUAAAAUUAAAUAACUACCCAUUAACUUCAGCAACUGCUGAUUGUCCCUUUCACAAUAUUGCCAAAUUGCUCCGUCUUAGUAUAAAUAAUGGCUUGUUCUUGUUCCCCUAAACAAUUUUUUUCUCUUUACUUGUUUUAAUGUAAGCAUUGUAAAUUGUAAGAUCUAAAAUAUUUCUGCAAAAGCUUUAAGUGCCUGUUUAAUUAAAAUUAAUUUUGAAUGUUUGAUGUAAUCUGCAGCUGGAAAUUUGCCCCACUCACCAGUUUUUAUUUUUGCAUCUAAGUAGGGUUGGUUUUUUUUGGCUGUUGAAAGGUUAACAAAAUGUGAAGCUGGAUUGCAGUUGAGUUAUUGACCUAAAAGUGAAUCUGAUAUAAAAUUGUAUUUAGGUGUGAUGAAUGAGAUAUGAUGCAUUGAGUGCCAUAUGUUCACUUUUUUUCCUCACCACUCAUUAAACCGUCUUAAAGUACUGAAAAAGGGUUAUUUUUGUUAUUUUCAAUUGUCAAAGACUUCAUGAAGC